AUGGAUGCCAAUUGCUUUCUCAGUUCCUCCAAUCCCUUCACCAAAACUACUACUGCACUAGAAUUCCCCACUCCUUCAUCCAGAUUCCUCCACUUCCCUUGUUCAAGAAGAUGCUCCAGAUCGUCCGACGAUCUGCAUCAGCACGCCGAAUCCUUCCUGCAGGCUGAUUGGAGAUGGUUCAGGGCGAAAAUGGUCGCUAACGAGCAAGCCUUUAUGACCGCGAGCACCGAUCUAGACGAGAAGCGUACAGCACAACCGCCGCCGCAGCUGGUGACGGUGGGAGAUAGAUGGGCCCACGCCAUCCACGAGCCGGAAAGAGGGUGCCUGCUCAUCGCAACGGAGAAGCUGGACGGGGUCCACAUCUUCGAACGGACGGUGGUCCUUCUCCUUUCAACGGGCCCUGCAGGCCCAUUGGGCAUCAUCCUCAACAGCCCGUCCCUCAUGUCCAUCAAGGAGGUGAAUGUGAUGCCUCCAGAAGCGUUUUCGGGCCGGCCGUUGUUCUUCGGAGGCCCAUUGGAGGAAGGCCUGUUUCUGGUGAGGCCCAGAGGUGGGUACGACAAGGACAGGCUGGCGAGGAGCGGGGUGUUCGAGGAGGUGAUGAAAGGGCUGUACUACGGGACGAAGGAGACGGCGGGGUGCGCGGCGGAGAUGGUGAAGAGGAAUAUGGUCGGCGUCGGGGAUUUCAGAUUCUUCGACGGGUAUUGCGGUUGGGAGACGGAGCAGUUGAAGGAGGAGAUUGAUGCUGGGUAUUGGACUUUGGCGGCCUGUAGCUCGAGUGUUAUUGGGCUGGAUAAGGAAGCUAGUUUUGGGCUUUGGGAGGAUGUCUCCUGGCUUGUUGGGCCAAAAGCGGUUUCUUGA